AUGAGUUCCCUUGAGACCACUCUUCGUCCAUUCAUCGACUCUUUUGAGAAAGCUGACAAUGCCUCUGUUUACUAUCAGACGAACGGUUUGUUGAUUGAUGAGCAGAAAAAGACGGUCACCGUUGGAAGGGAUGAGAUCAACGCCGUUUUUGCCGGCUGGGCAACACUGGGUAAAUUCACAAUAAAGGCAGCAAAUGAGUCAUUCUCCGGCAGUGAGGACACGAUUCGCUAUGCUGCCCGUCAUGACAUCGAGUUCGAGUCGGCUGGGAAAAAGUUGACAUUUAAUGUUGUUCAGUAUUGGCGUCGUGACGGGGAUCACUACUUGAUUGAGGUCGAGCGAUUCAAUGAAAUC